CUGCCUGCCUGCCUGUAUCCCUCUCCACUACAUACUGAUCUGCAAUUACCCUGUGUGUGUGUGUGUGUGUGUGUGUGCGUGCGUGCGUGCGUGUGUGUGUGUGUGUGUGUGUGUGUGUGCGUGUGUGAGAGAGAGAGAGAGCGCGGGAGCACAUGUUUAUGCGUGGAUGUGUGUGUGUGUGUGUGUGUGUGAGUGAGUGUGUGACAGAGGGGAUGUUUGAGCGUGUGCAUGCGAGUGUGUGUGUGUGUGUGUGUGUGUGUGUGUGUGUGUGUGUGUUAAAGGCAGAUUUCUAAGCAGAGAGGAUUUCGUCGGCUCCUCUUUCCAUUCAUCGGCUCAAGCAGAAACCUGACCACCUGGACCGCUUGCCUGCCUGGAGCACAGUUUAGCGGAGGAAGCAUCGGCGGUCGGCAGAAUGAAAUGCAUCAGGAGCGUGGAAGGAGAACCUCUCUCUCGGACCUGCACUCCAUAGCAACCUCCUGUCAGCUCUCAGCUUAUCUCCUGCCUCUGUUUCCAGCCACAUGGGCCGAAUCUGCACUCAUCUGAACUCACCUGGUCUCCAACGCUCCUCCUGUGAAGGCAAGGCAAAGAACUUUCAGUCAGAAGAUACUGGACAUUGAGUAGUAUGGAGACUCUGCCAACAUGGAGGCAGACCCAAAACGAUGCUUGGAAAUGAGGUAACCAGGUGUACCAAGACAAAUCUAUGGCAUUGUUCAAACGCUAAGCUAAAUAUCAAGCUUAAACUCCAUCAUCAUGCCAUUAUACUAAUAAUACAGACUUUGUUAAGCCCUCUACUUGGGCUUGUCUCAGGUAAAGGAGGAUGGGUGAUAGGCCCAUGAAUGUAAUUUUUGACCAAACUCCACAUCCCAUCCUCACAUGGAUCCUUCUGCCUCCCUCCGCACGCCGAGGAACCUCACAAGCCACGGUCAGCUCAAUAGUGGCUCGGUCAAUGGCUCAGGAGUGUCUCUAACCAAUGAUGGAACUCUCUUCCACAUGCUGGCCCUCUGCACCAUGGUCUUGAUGGACAUCCUGGCUGUGGUAGGCAACCUGACUAUAAUGGCAGUCAUUGCCAGGGCACCGCGCCUGCACAAGUUCAUCUUCGUCUUCCACCUGUGUCUGGUGGACCUCUUGGCUGCCCUAGUAUUAAUGCCUCUGGGGAUGUUGACAGAGCAAGCAUUCUUUAAUGAAACUGUGUGUCAGGCAUACCUGUGCUUGAGUGUUGGCCUUAUAAGUGCCACCAUCCUCACCAUCUCAGCCAUCAAUGUGGAGCGGUACUACUACAUUGUGCACCCGAUGCGCUAUGAGGUUAAAAUGACCAUUGGUCUGGUAGUUUCUGUUCUGGUCGGCAUAUGGAUCAAAGCAACACUCAUGGCUGCUCUUCCCUUGCUGGGAUGGACGCUGCAGAGGGAGGAGGAAGUGCAGACAAAUUUGGUGUUGGAACCUAGAUGCUGCUCUUUGCAUUCAAUGAACAGGGGGCCCCACCGCUUGGUUUUUAUGCUCCUCUUUGCACUCAUAUACUUCCUCUGUCCGGUAUUUAUCAUUCUUGUGGUUUACUGUAACAUGUUCAAGGUAGCCAGAGUAGCGGCUAUGCAACCAGGUCCUGUGCCUACAUGGGUGGAAACUCCACGGCCUCGUUCAGACUCUUUAAGCAGUCGGUCCAGCACAGCAGCAAGCCUUGCAACAACUCGCAACACACCGCAGAGGACAUUUGGUGGUGGGAAGGCAGCAGUUGUACUGGUGGCUGUUGGGGGUCAGUUCCUAGGCUGCUGGCUCCCCUAUUUCUCUUUUCACCUCUACUCGGCCAUUGUUGCCUCCUCUCCUGCCUCACUGGCUCAAAUAGAAGAUGUGGUCACUUGGAUAGGUUACUUCUGCUUCACCUCCAAUCCCAUUUUCUAUGGCUGUCUGAACCGGCAGAUCCGUGAGGAGCUGGCGAGAAAUGUGGCAUGCGUCUUUAAGUGGGGGCGGCCACGUGACGAGGACGAGCAGUUGCCCAGCAGAGAGGCUUCUAUCGAAGAGAACUUCCUCCAGUUCCUACAGGGCACUGGUUGUAGCCUGGGGCCCAGGAACUCACAAAGCAUCUCCGUCCCCCAGAAGGAUGAUGAGGACACUCUUUCUGCUCAUCGUAGACCUUCAGUCGACUUCCACAUCCCUGGACAGAUCAUGGAAGAGACGUCAGAAUUCAUUGAUCAGCAGCAGCUGAAUGAUCUCAAUAUAACAGGCAACUGUUUCAAAACAAUGUCUGAGCUGCAGGGUUAAUAUUUACAGAAUAUUUAUGGAAUAUAUGUCUUUUAUUGUUAGAAUGAUUUGUUGUGCAUUCUUUUUGAUAACCUGCCUGAUACUUUGUAUUUGGAGAUAAGGCUAAUGUUUGGUUUUUAGGAUUCACUUUUAUUGAUGGAACGCAUUCUGGUAGAACUCAGCUUAUAUACAACAGUUGCUCUGCGUGGGAUUGACAAGAAAUGAUCUCAUCACUGCAACUAGUUACUAAUCCUUUAUUUUUUCAGUCCACCAAUUAUGAGAAUAUGAGAGGUUGCCUGUUACAGGAACAAGCCAUUGCUUAAUUAGGCCCACUACUUGACAUUAGGAGUAUGAAUUGACCCACAUGACUACCAAAGGUGGCUUGAUGUGUCCUUGUCUGUUACACUGUAAAGCAGGUUUACAGUUUCUACAUGUAUGAACAUGUGUAUAAACUAUGGUGUCCUACAAAGUCCCAGAUACUGAGGUUUAUGCAACUAUGGCAUACAUGCAACAUGAUCCAUAAUGUUUAUUUUUAAUGGAGGAAAACAUGGAGUUCAGGUCCUGGCUAUAUAAAGACAGACACAUUUUGUAAUUGGGAAAACAAAACAAGCAUUGCCCUAGAAGUCACACACUUUCUGCACCUUGUGACAUGACGAGCACAGUAUCCUCCGGGCUUUGAGCUUUAUGAAGCACCUGAUUUAUCAGAAUAGUGGAAGCAUCAGAUAACUGGGUCAAAUAGGGUUAGCUGGGAACACGGGUCACUAUAAAUGUGCUCCAAGAGUUUAUUUAACUUUAUAAAAACAGGUCUGAAAAAGUCAAGUAAUUUUGCCUUUCAACCCACUUUCCUAGUCAGUUUUUUACAACAAAAACAAGUUAUAGGUCUUAAUGAUCAAAGGAGGCCAUUUUGUUUAAACAUAGCAGUCAGGUACAAUGUGUCAGACUGGUUAGCUUCUCACUUUAAUGAGUACUGUGCUAUGAAGAAAAACAGAUCACAUGAGUAUUUAACCUGUGAUGUGUGCAGCUUUCAGCUUUGAAACAAUCCUGCCGUUGAAGAGUCAAACGCCAGUGGUCUUAUAAGGUGAGCAGUAUUGUAGCUUGGGUUUACUAGAGAGGUAGGGGUUCUUCUGAUUGUGAAUAGACACUGCCACUGUCCUGUUAUUUAAGGGUAAACCCAACUCUGAUCCCUGCAGUACAGAACUGUUUGAAUUAGGAGCAUCAACAUGUUGUGGCUACAGAACACAAUAAAGGCAAUACUUACACAAGUUGAUAAGUUCUUUUGCCUUCCUUUACCACUCAGUCUGAUGAUACAAUUUUAUACCUAUGAGUCUUUUUCUUCUUUCUUUCUUUCUUUCUUUCUUUCUAUUAUUUACUUGAACAAAUACAGUAGAAAAUUCAAGAGAAGUUAUUGCUAUUUCGAGUCCAAAAUUUCAUGGUGCUUUACACAGAAAAGAAGGCAGGGGUUCCCAAACUAGGUUUUGUAUCCACACAUGGGGUUGCUUGAUUUACUAAUGUGGUCAGAAGAGAAACUUUUUUUGAUUCAUUUAUUUUACAAAUUAAUAUUUGAAAUAUCAAAGACGGAUUCUGUGUGAAAUAUUUUCAAAUGUUUUGAAAUGUUACUGGGAAUCACUUUCAGACAUGCCACAUUUAAAUUAAUAGGGUCCAUAUUAUUUUACUCUUUUCUUUUUUGUUUAAUUUAAAAAAAAACAAAAACGCUUUUCACUCUCCUGACAUGCAGCACUAACAUAGUUCAACAAUAAAAAUGGACAAAUUUGUCCAUCUGCCUCCACUAAACAAACUGGCGUUGUGUCUCAAAUUGCAUACUUAUGCACUAUUCUAGAC